GGCUGUGUGUUAGGCAGGGCGAUUGGCUGGGAGCGCUGAGUCUAGAUAAAGGCGCAAGAAAGUGCACGCUGGAGGCAAGAAGCUGGCGAGAAAGCCGAGAGUGGAAGGUCCGGCUCGGCGACAUGGAAGAGCUGGAUGUGGAGCCGCCAGUCACUGUAAUUCCAGGAGUGAACUCUGACAAGAAACAAUUAUGUUUUGAGUGGGGACCUGGGGAGAUGCUGGUUUGUGAAACCUUGUAUGGAUCAGCAGAGCAUAAAGAGAAAAGGCCAGGCUGCCCCAAUGUUUUUGUUGUUUGCAAAGAUGAAGAUAUAUACUCUCAGACCUUGCGGAAGCUUUUCAAUGAAUCCCAUGGGAUCUUUGUUGGGCUUCAGAAAGAUGAGAAAGAAAAGGUUGGGAAGUCAAAGAAUGCACAGCUAGUUCGGGUGAGCAAAAACUACCGUUCAGUCAUAAGAGCCUGUAUGGAGGAUUCACACCAGAUGGCUGUUUCUACACGGGACCCAGACAUGCAUAUGCAGCACAGUACCCAGGUCUCCAUUCUGUCUGCUAUGGAGUUGAUCUGGAAUCUGUGUGAGAUCAUGUUUAUUGAAGCAGCACCAGCUGGUCCGCUCCUGUCUCAUCUCCUUGACUGGGUUCGUCUUCAUGUGUGUGAUGUGGAUAAUCUGGCUUGUGAAGUUCUGAGGAGUGAGUGUCCAGCAAAACAUGAAAAUUUCUGGAAUGUGGUAACUAUGUUUGUGCUUCAGGGCCGAAUGGAUGAGGCUCGACAGCUGCUCUCCAAGGAAGCGAAUACCAAUGCCACAUCAGUGAGCAUGUGCAAAAUUUUGGAUGAGUUAAUGAGGAAAAUGCCUGUUUUCAAUCCUGGCAGCACUCAGACUUUGACAGAGAUAGAGUUGAAAUGGCAGCAUUGGCACGAGGAAUGUCAGCGAUUCUUGCAAGAUGGCACAUUUGCUUCUAACCCUCACCUGGAGACCCUCUGCAAGAUCCUAGUGGGAGAUGAGAACACCAUUUUAGAAAAGAGAGAUCUCAUGACUACCUGGUACCAUUUUCUGGUAACUCGGCUGUUGUAUUGCCAUCCUACUGUGAAGCAUGUGGAACUCCAUCUCUACGCACAGUCCAGCCUUGAUCUGUUCCUGGGAGGAGAGAGCAGCCCCGAACCCUUAGACAGCAUCUUGCUUGCAGCCUUUGAGUUCGACAUCCAUCAAGUGAUUAAAGAGUGCAGCAUUGCUCUGAGCAACUGGUGGUUUGUAGCUCAUCUGACAGACCUACUGGAUCACUGCAGUCUCCUACAGUCUCACAAUCUUUAUUUCGGUUCCAAUAUGCGUGAAUACCUUCUGUUGGAGUAUGCUUCUGGACUCUUUUCCCAUCACAGCUUGUGGCAGCUUGCAGUUGAUUAUUUUGACUACUGUCCAGAAUAUGGUAAAGCAUACUUGGAGCUUCACAUUGAACGGAUCCCUCUGGACACAGAAAACAAAGCCCUCAAAGUACUGAGGAUCUGUGAGCAGAGAAUGAUGAAUGAACAAGUUCGUAGCAUCUGUAAAAUCAUGGCCAUGAAAGCUGUCCGGAAUAAUCGUCUAGGUUCAGCACUGUCCUGGAGUAUCCGAGCAAAAGAUGCUGCUUUUGCUACCCUCAUAUCAGACAGGUUUCUGAAGGAUUAUUGUGAAAGGGGCACUUUCUCAGACUUGGACCUCAUUGACAACUUGGGAUCAUCCAUGCUGCUUAGUGAUCGAUUGACAUUUCUUGGGAAAUAUCGAGAAUUUCAUCGGCUAUAUGGUGAGAAGCAGUUCUUUGCAGCAGCUAAGCUACUGUUAAUGUUGAUGACAGCUCGUAUUGCUCCUUGCUCCUUCUGGAUGACCCUCUUGACUGACGCACUUCCUCUUCUGGAGCAGAAAGAGGUGAUAUUCUCUUCUGAUCAAACAUAUGAACUGAUGAAAUGCUUGGAAGAUGUGAUGGCUGCAAAGUCAAAAAACCAGAAGCUUCAGGAUGAUGAGAAUGAAACACUCAAAGUGGAAUUCCUGAGACUGGCUCUGGCACGCAAUCUUGCACGCGCCAUUGUAAAAGAAGGCACAGUGGAAGAAUCAUGAGAACAGCUAAUCAGAGAAACUCUCAAACUCUUGCUUCAUUGACUUAUUGUACUAUAUCAUGGCUGGGUCUUUUUUCUAGGAAUAAAUGCAAUCUUUUGUAUAUUUA